AUUUCUAUUUUCAAGUUUCAACUUCAAAUUUCCAAUAAAAAAAACUUUCGAGGAAGACAAUGGUCAUGGUGAAUGAAUUGAGUUUUAUAAUUUACGCCUGUAGUUAAUAUAUUUAAACAAAACGUAGAACACACCAUCUAGGUAAUUAAUGGGAAACUUAUAUUCUAAAGAUACGGAUAGUAAAAAUCUAAAACGUUCGAUAAACAAAAACAGUGACGGCCAAGUUUUUAGAAGUCAGUUCAGUUUAUCACAAUUCGUCGGUAACCUCAGUGGACGCUCGUUUGUCAGCGUUACUAGUAAUCAGUCAGUAUACAGUGCUGCAAGACCUUGGUCUCGCGUUUCAAGACGAAGGUGGAAUGAUUCUACAUUAAACAGUCCUUUAGAAGCCAGUAAAACGGCUUGGCCUGUUGCACACCAAGAAUCAAUAUUUCUGCCAGAAUUUCAAAUAACAACGGAUCUGUAUAAAAAAGACUUUGAAAUAAUUGAUACAUUAGCACAAGGUGCUUUUGGUGAAGUAUUCAAAGUUAAAAGAGUUGCUGAUGACAAAUUUUAUGCAUUAAAAGUUCUACAAAAAGCGCAGAUAGUGAGCGAGAACGCUAUAGGACAAGUGAAGGAGGAAGCAAGAAUACAAUCAGCAAUUGGUCACCAUAUUUUCAUAGCCGGCGCUGUUUCGCGGUGGCAGACCAAGAAAAGACUUUACAUUGUUUCAGAAUACAUUCCGUGCGGUGAGCUGCUAGCAUUAUUAGAGAAGUACUCGACGUUGCCUGAGGAGCUUGUGAAGAUAUUCGUUGCGGAAAUUGCCAUCGCAAUCGAUUUCCUCCACAACGCUGGUGUGAUAUAUCGUGAUCUCAAGCCAGAAAAUAUAUUAUUAGAUUCCGACUACCACAUUAAGCUAAUCGACUUUGGGCUCUCCAAGUGGCUUUCAUUCGGUUCAAGAACAACUACACUAUGCGGCACACUUAAAUACAUGGCACCUGAGAUACUGGAUCGGGAACCAUACGGGCAUGCUGUGGACUGGUGGGCGCUAGGAGUCUUGUCAUGCCGGAUGCUGACUGGUCAAUUUCCAGAACCGGCAAUUAGAGCCAAGGACACAGCCACAGAUAAGGACAUAGUUAAUGAAGUAAACCAGGAGAGUUCUGCAGUCCAACUUGUAGUGAAGCCAGGUACCUUACCGAGUAACGCAGAAACACUGUGUAAGGCGUCGCGCGGUCUUCUCAUGAAGCUACUGGAAUAUGACCCCAAGCUGCGGUUAAGGUCGCUGAGACAGCUGCAGCAAACCGCUUUUUAUUUAGGAUAUAACUUUGAGCAAAUUAAGAAAAAAAAGAUUUCUCCAAAGCACAUCGUGGUCCAAUUACAAAAAGAAAAUGAAGAAAGUUGUACGCGGGACGUGCUAGAGGAUCUAGUAUCAACAUUUGAUCAAGAUUUAUCUAUAGUAUAAUCUGCAAUGAUAUUCAAUAUACAAUUUUAUGAUUAAA